AUGUCAGAAAAUCAUUCAGAAGACAGCAAUGGGGAAGGAGAGAAAGCAAAAUUGAAUAAUAUUCGUACCGAGCUAUGGCUGUUCCUGCAACUUGCCAUUCCAACGACCAUUUUGAAUCUUGGAUUCAUUGUGAGUCCACUACUGACAGCCUCCCAUAUUGGCAGAACGUUUGAGCCCGCCUUUCUCAGUGGUUUCACAUUGGCGAAUCUUACUGGAAACCUUUGCACUUUCAGUCUCAUGUCGGGUCUCUUUGGCGCCGCGGACACGUUGGGGCCACAAGCCUUUGGUGCGGGGAAAAAGAAGGAAGUUGGUUUGAUUGCACUGAGGGGAUUUGCUUGUGCAAUCUGCCUGCUGCUUCCGAUCAGUCUCAUUUUGGUAUUCUAUAUCAAAGAUAUUCUGAUAGCGCUGGGGCAAGAUGAGGAAGCUUCUAAGCAUGCUUCUGAAUGGUAUCGAAUAUAUGUCUUGUCGUUCCCAUUCAACAUUACGUACAUGGCAAUUUGGAAAUUUCUAUCGGCACAACACGUUAUGAAACCGUUGAUUAUGGCGUCGAUACCAUCCUGCGCUGUUGUUCUUCCUCUCGCUUUGGAUGUAUUGACCGAAUCAUUUGGCUUUGUGGGAUCAGCGCUCGCCUAUGUCGUAUUUCAAGCCUUCCAAGCUCUGUUUUUGAUUGUAUACCUCUGGUGGAAGAAACCAUACGAGGACGGCACUUGGCCUGGAAUAGAAUGUUGGCGCGAAGCGAUCUUUCAAUACAAACCGAUGAAGGAAUACAUUCAUCUCGGUAUUGGUGGAAUGUUUGCGCAAAGUGAAUGGAUUUUCUGGGAGGCACUUGGUCUUAUCAUUGGAUUGCUGGGUGUAGUGCCCCUGUCCGUCCAUACCAUUCCGAAUCAAGUCACAAUGUUACUGUGCUUGGCUCCAUUCAGUGCAGGAACAGCGCUGACGAUACGAAUGGGCAGUACUUUACCAAUCGAUGUCUCACAUGCCAAGAGAAUAGCAGUGGUCUGUGUUCUUCUGACGGUGGCAGUUUUCUCUGUGGUGAAUUUUGUGGCGUACAUUUCUUCGGACUGGAUCAUUGGGCUGUUUACAAAUGAUGAAGAUGUAACGGAAUUGGCAAAUGCUAUUUGGUGGAAGGUCUGCAUUUUCAACGUUAGCGUUGCAACGUUUGGAGCUCUCACUGGCGUCGCCAACGGGUUGGGGAUGCAGUGGACACUUGCUGGAGUGAACAUCUUUUGGCUAUGGGUUGUCGGAUUGCCGGCAAUCUACUACAUGGCCUAUGUGAGGGAGGGUGGAGUCGAGUCCGCCUGGAGUUGGAUCAAUUAUCCGUAUGUGGGCAUGAAUUCCUGUUUGAUUGCAGCCUAUGCCAUGACGAAUUGGUACCAAAUCGCUGACAAAAUUCAAAAAGAGGAGGUGAUGCAUCCGCCGGUAUAUCUUGGCCAUAUGAUGGAAAACUUCGAAAGGGCUCCCCUAAUUAACUCCACGAAUGAGAAUACGAAGAGUAAACAAUAUGGCUCGGACUUUCAGGAGCAAGGAAUUUGA